AUGGAGAUAGCCAGCAGCGCAGUCGGUAUUGUUUCUUUUGCUAUACAGGUGGCCGAUGGCAUUUGGAAACUUCAAUCAUUUUGGCACUCGGUCAAAGAUGCUCCUGGAGAUAUCCUCGAUUUCCUGGAUGAACUGGAAAUUACAAAUUUGGUGCUAAAGGAGAUUGAGGACAAAUUCGGAAAUCGUAUAGCGUCGCCUGCCACAAAGGAAUUAGACGAAGACAUGCAACUGCGAAAGAAGCGGGGCGGUAUUAAAGCGGUGUUCAAAAAAGGUAUCAUCGAGAAGAUGGGUAAUAGACUCGAAAAAGCAAAGUCGUCGAUGAUGAUGGCGCAACAGAACUCUACUCAGAGUUCAAAUGAGCAGAGACACAACGAACAGAUGCAGAAUUUGAGAGACAACGAACAGAUGCAAGAUCAGAGACACGACGAAUCACAGCAGACAGCUAAACUAUUUUAUCUGGAGACUAAGAAUAUGAUGCACAGCAUAUUAGUAAUGACGGCCGCGACCCAGCAGCAAAUGUCGAAUCAGCAUACCAUGAAUCUUUCGAACACAUCAACUACAAACGAUGUCACCUCAAUUUCUAGCCAUAGGGCUACGAGGAUACUGUCCAAAGAUCCAAAAGUUCUAAAGCUUGGACUCCCUUUCUUCUCUGGUGUCUGGGCGUUCUGUGCCUAUCGCCAAUCAUAUUCUGGAUGGACAUUCACAUUUAGAACAUAUAAUAUCGUCGAUAGCUAUGCGCCAAUAAUGGAACUUGCCCGUGAGGGAGAUGUAAUUGGCAUGCAAAAACUGUUCCAAACGCGGCAGGCAAGCCCCUUCGAUGUAACCUCUCGUGGAAAAACUCCUCUUCAUUAUGCCGCUCGGCAUCUUAAUUAUCAGAUAUGCCGAAUUUUGAUAGACCAAGGUGCAGACCCAAAUGUGGAGGAUUAUAUCGGCCGUUUGCCAGUUACAAGAGCCGUUUCUUGGCACAAUGUGCACAAUAUGCACGAUGAACGUUGUUCCAUGGAAAUAACACGUUAUUUGACAGCCAUGAUAGAUCGUGAUGUUUUCGAUGCUAUAUAUAAGAGCCCUAAGAUCCCUACUACUGUACGAAGUGACCGGGAGCACGCACUUCUUCUGAUAGCAGUUUCAGAAGAUUUUAUGGCAUCAGACAUGGUUUAUUAUAAACGGUUAAUCCUUAACGGCAGCAAUAUGGAAACUUGCGUCCGGAGUAUGAGCGAUUCUGAAUUCUUCAUAUUAUUGGUAAACCUUGCUCAACACUUGGGAUUUCUGUGUGCACGUCUGCGAAUUCCAGACUACUAUCUGCGAUUCUCUGGAGAGGAUACCACAGAUGUGUACGCAAUGUCUAGAGAACCUAUCCGAGAUUUUGUUAGCCUCAUACGUGAAAUAUUCUUUGCUGGCCGCUCAACACUCCACAACCUCGGCAUGUAUGCAGGCUUAGACUGCAGUCCUCUUUAUACUUUAUUCAAGGGGGUGUUAAAAAUUUAUUUCUAUGGCCUUUAUAAAGGCAGUGAAAUCAGUGAUCUCUCCAAAAUGGAACUCGCGGAUCCCUUCGGAAUUUGGGUUGAUGAACUUAUAUCUGCAGGAGUGGAUCUAAUUGAAUACGGUCGGUGGGAGAAGUUAAAGUUUAAGCCCGAUUAUAAAGUACUUUCUUGCGGUGGACACAGUAAAGAUGGUCUUACUUCCAGGUACAUAAGAUUGAUAAGCUUUACAUAUGGGCCGAAGAGAAACGACUGGCGAUUUUGGUUCACCGAAGAUCCCGUGUAUAUACAUGAGGGUGCCCUUGCAGAGUUCUGGGAUAUGGUCGAACACCCGGAAAGACAAAUGCCAGGUGCUUGGAACUUUUAA